CGUAAAAUCACGCAACGUCAACGCCACGUUAGUUAUAACGUCAAAGAAGCAACCGAGCUAAAGCAGAAUACAUCGAAUUGUCUAUUGGUUCACAAUGGACGCAAACACAUUACAGUGUAUACUUCGCAGCAAGUAUAACAUCGAUGAAAAGCUUCAAGCCGAUGGCAUAUUCGUGGCACUCCUCGGUGGCACCGUGGAAGCCAUUGGUCUGUACGGAAUCGGGAUUGGUGAGAGGUGCGUCGUCGUCGCCGGCAUCAAUCUCCGCGGACCGCAUAUCGACUACGAUCUGGUGUCUCUCACACCGAUAGGUGUGCUCGAUGUCAAGUACAAAAACGCCAGCAGGAUUAUAACCAUCUCCAGUCAGUUCAAAGCCAGACAGGCCUUUCAGCUGUGCAGCAAUGAAAAGGCUGCCGCAAUAUGGGAUGAUUUCACCACCGCAAUUGAUUGCCUGUCAUCUAAAUCCGGCGGAGACAUUUGGUGCAGCGCGUCACUUAGCAUAUCAUCAUCAUCAGACGCCUCAAUGGAUAUAGAAUAUGAGAGGAAUUAUCAGCGGCACUUCACAGGCGGGACCAUUCGCAAUUACAGGUGUGUGCCUCCGCAAAGGCUUCCCACAGCGGAUGAAAGUUUCAGAUCCAUCUCUUUGCCCGAUAUGGCAUGUGGACCAACCGAUGCUAAGCACGCGUUGUGGCGUCAGCAUGUUAAGAGAGGUCACAGUUUGGACUGUGUCGACGUGUCCUUUGACAGCUUCAUAAAUGGCGAUGUUACCAACCGCAAUGCAAUAUUUGAACAGGUAGACCUUACUGCUCACGCUGCAGUUAUUGGGGAAAUUAGCGGUCAACUAACCAACGAGCGACGGGUUGAUUUGUCGAGAAAGCCGUCCAGUCUAGCCGAGAGGUUCCGGCGCUUCUUUACCUGCUGUAGAAGCAAGCGUUGAACUUUUUUUUUUAUAAAUUUAUUUAUAUUUUUGACUUGAGAAAUCAUUAAUUGGACAUUUUUGUUUGGUGCAAUAAAUUGUUCGCAUCAACAAAGUC